AUGGAAGAGAAAGGGAUUCAAAUGGAAAAACAACAUAAGAGAAAUGAUGUAGCGAAAAAAUUCUUUGAACGAGGAAAUAAAGGGAAAGUAGAAUAUGUCCUUAAUUCAAAUAUAUCAACAUAUGAUAGUUCUCAAAAUAUCAAACAAUGUAAAAUAGUUUUAAUAGCGGAUAAACAGGUUGAGAGCUAUCGAUAUAUGUACCAAACGCGAAUACUUGAAGAAUUAGAUGUUAGAUUUUCUAGUUUAUCAACAAUUAUAAAAAAUCAUGAAGUUUUUGAUGCAUUCCACAUCAAUCAAAAUAUAAUUGGCAGAAUCUGUUGUGAUUCAGAGGGAAAGCUUAAUGAUGAAUCUGUCUUGCUAGAAAUCCCAGAAAAACGAAAUCGGUUGAAAUUAUCGCUCAAUAAAAUUGAAUCAUAUGCCUUAUUUUCUGGACAGAUAGUGGGUGUUAAAGGUACUAUGAAAAACGAAGAAAAUUAUUUAGAAAUAAAUAAUAUAUUUGAGGUACCCUUAUUGCCUAUGUAUAAAAGUCCAUUCGGCGAAUUAGUUGAAUUAAAUGUAAAACCAUUAAAUAUAGUGGUUGCAGCCGGACCAUUUACUUUUGAUGUUGGAUUUGGAUAUGAACCUUUCAAUGAGUUACUUAUUAAGAUGGAACAAGAAAAACCUGAUCUCCUAAUCUUGUUAGGACCGUUUGUGAGCGAAGAUCAUCCUCUUUUAAUAGAAAAGAAUACACCUAAAACCCCCGGUGAACUUUUUAAAGAACAUGUUACUGAUAAAUUGAGUAAAUUUAUAAAGGCUUCGCCUGGUGUAUCAAUUGUCAUGGUUCCAAGCACCAAGGAUCUAUUUCACUGUUCAUUUGUUUUUCCACAGCCUCCAUUUCCCAAAUCAGGAUUACCAAAGGAUGUCAUCUGUACAUCUAACCCUGCUCAAUUCCGAGUAAAUGAGAUAACGUUUGUUAUUGAUAAUGUUGAUAUCUUAUUUCAUCUUGCCUCAAAUGAAAUUGAAAGAAAUGCGGCACCUGCUUUAGAUCGAAUGGGAAGGUUAUCACGUCACAUAUUGAUACAAAGACAUCUUUAUCCAUUAUUUCCUACAUCACCUGAAGUAAAUCUCGAAUACAAGAAAUCUAGUUUUCUUGAAUUACAAAAUUUGCCCGAUAUACUGAUUCUUCCCUCAAAACUUAAAUAUUUUGCGAAGAUUGUUGAAAAUGUUAUUUGUAUUAAUCCCGGUUAUCUAUCAAAAGGCGAAUCUGGCGGAACGUAUGCAAAAAUAACUAUACAUCCUUUACAACAGACACUUAUGGAAGGUGCAUUUAUAGAAAAUUUAGUUUCUAAAAGGGCCAGAGUUGAGAUAGUUAGAGUUUAG